UGAAGACUGGAUGAGGCAGAGUGGGAGACACAUGAUGGAAAAGGGGGCUAUAGAAAACCCGCCAGACGGUAAAAACAAAUAGGAGGCUGAUAGGACAGGAAAAGAGACGAGGGGAGCAAAUCCACCAGCAUCCCUGUUGUGAGCUUUUGCAGCUGACGAGUGCGCACGACAGACGCGUCAGGAUGAGUUCGUGCAGUAGCCGUGCACUGACCAUCCUGUCCACAGUGUUUGGAGCCUGCGGGCUGCUGCUGGUGGGGGUGGCGGUGUCCACAGACUACUGGCUGAUCAUGGUGGAGGGCAUCAUCCUUCAGCAGAACCAGAGCAUGGAGGUGAAGAUGGCCCUGCACUCAGGCCUGUGGAGGGUCUGCUUCGUGGCUGGGACUGAAAAUGGGAGAUGUGUGGCCUCCGAGUACUUCACGGAACCUGACAUAGAAAUUACCACUGAAAACACAGCAAACAUCCUCAAGAUGGUCCGUACUGCCACGCCCUUCCCCAUGGUGUCUCUGCUCUUCGUCUUCAUGGCCUUCGUCAUCAGCAACAUCGGACACAUCCGACCUCAGCGCACCAUUCUGGCCUUCGUCUCCGGCAUCUUCUUCAUCCUCUCAGGUCUGAGUCUGGUGGUGGGUCUGGUCCUCUACAUCUCCAGCAUUAACGACGAGGUGAUGAACCGACCCCGGGAGCCAGAGCAGUUCUUCAACUAUCACUACGGCUGGUCAUUCGCCUUUGCUGCCUCCUCCUUCCUGCUCAAAGAGGGUGCAGGUGUUCUGUCCGUUUAUCUGUUCAUGAAGCGUUACGCAGAGGAGGAGAUGUAUCGCCCGCACCCGGCUCUCUACCGCCCCCGCAUGUCUGAGAGCAGCGAUUACAGCGGCCAGUUCCUCCACCCUGACUCCACCUGGCCUCCUCCAAAGCGAGGUCGCAGCACCUCCGAAACUUCCAGUGACAUCUCCAUCCAGCUCAACCAGCCUCCUCCAGUCCCGCCUAAAAACAGCCUCCAGGCCGGGGGUAAAGCCAGCCCUCCCUCUGCUUCAUCCGCGGCAGCUACCUACCAAGUGCCACCGUCGUCCAGUGGAUACCCCUCCCAACACACCCUGUCCAGAUCACAUGGCUCACACCCACAGGGCCAGACGCUCCCCGUGGCUAUGCCUCCGUCACCUGUGCCCCCUCCUCACUAUCACGCUCACAUGCACAUGAGUGCCUCCCCCUGUUAGAGAGAGGCAGCCCAGGCUGAAGCAAGGGACUUCCAUGUAAGCUACACAUGUAGGGAGUUGAAUGCAAAAGUAAGCAUUCAGACAGAGUAAUGUAGCAGACUGAGCGUUUUAUACUGUAGAUGUUGUGAACUAUAGCGAACAGUUUUCUGUUAAACGUGCUUAAGCAGGUUGACUGACAGCAGGGAUAAUGUGGAGAGGAAGGGUGGGCAGGGAAAGAGAGGGGCUGCAGUAGAAACCAACAUGCUGCAGUGCUGCGGGAAAUUGCUAUGGAAAUGAUGGCUUGAAAAACAUGGAUCACAUACAUGGAUUAUACAUAUGUCAGUCCGGCUGUGACUAUCUUUUGUACAUUUGCUCAGAUCCAUACUAUGAAUUAUUAUGACUAUGGAUUAGGGACUAUGAAUUAUUAGAGGAGUAUUUAUUAUAUUAUAUAUACUGUAAAUGUGUAAUAUCAUUUGCUUCUUUAAUAUCACCAGGACGAAUGAACCUAUAUAUUUAAGCAUACCGAACAAUAAAUACAAUUGCACACGACGACUGGAGCGACAGCUUUUUGGCACAAUUUUGCCACCGGGCUGAAGUCGGACGCUCUGGCUGAAGACUGCGGUAGAAAUACGACAACCAGCGUCUCCCUGGGGUGCAGUGCUUGCAGUCGUACUGGACGAGGUCUGCAGUCAUGACGCGGAGCUUUACUGCCCUCUACUGGAAACGUUUCGAGUUGAAGCCGUCUUUGAUUUGUGUCAGUAGCGAUAGGCGUAAAUGUAAUGGGGUGAAGUGGAAAUCUUGAUUCUAUUUUUCCUGUUUGAAAGUUACAAAUACAGUCAUCUGUUGUUGUUUUUUUUUAGUAUAGUAUAAAAGUAAGUCUUAAUGAUAUUAAACGUUGCUAGCAACGAUACAAGAUACAACAAUUUAUCUGGUUUUAAUAGCUAUUUCCAUAAAAGAAAAAAAAAGUACAGCUUUGUUUUGGUGCAUGACUGAAUUAUAUUUCAUUAUGAUCAUAUAUUUAACACUGAGGUGACUGGACAAAAUGAGGUGAAAAUUGAGGUGAAAUUGUACCUUUAAACUCAUGACCAUUUAUUGAAGCCAUGUUUUGAAAUUAUCUUUUUUUCUGACCAAUUAGAGUUCGUAGAGUGCUGGCUGUAAAUAAUCCAUAGGUUUGGUUGUUUUUCUGUUAAUGUCCUGUGAUGGACUGGUGACCUAUCCAGGAUAUCCAGCCUCUCACAUCAAGUACCUGGGAUACACUCCAGUGUUUGUUUUUGCAUCUGUUUUUUUUUUUUUUUUUUUUUUGUCAAAAUAACUUUGAGCAAAGUUUUGGACAGAUUUGGAUGAAAUUUUCAGGAAUGUGCAAAAUGGGACGAGGAAUAAAUUAUUCAAUUUUGAGUCCCAGAUCCUUGUCUGGAUCCAGGAAUUUUUAAUGGAUACUUUAAAAAUGCAAUACUUUAAUACUUUUUGAAAGGAUAGGACCUUUUUCUGUGUUUGUGCCAGAUUGGCAAUUAGAUAUAGGUAUCUUUUUUGAAGGAUACUUUGUCAUUGGGAGACUGUGUUGUGGGUGGACUGAAGCUGCUUGGCAGAGGUUUACACUCUCCGAGUGCUUAUGUAGUAAUACAGUGGGAUGGAAACAGUUAAUCCCAGUAUUUAUUUAGUAUGUUGUCAACAUCUGUGGUAGCGCUUCGCUCCUGCCAUAUUUUAAUAUGUGCAAUUCUUCAGAAUGUAGAUGUUAAGCUAUUACUUGAGACAAGCACAUCAAGCGCUGACGUUAACAUGGAAGUGUUCUUCUACAGACGUGACAAUCUUUGUUAUUAAAGCUUAGGUAGUCAAUGUGACGUGAAGAGAAUUGAAAUCUAUUACAUGUAGAUGUAUUUCAUAAAUGUUGCACUGAAUGACACCAUACAUCUGAUUUACUCUAUUUAUUAAAUUGGAUUAUAUUUUCAGUCUGAGUGAAACCAAUCAUACCAGUUUAUAUACGGCAACUUUAUUUUCAUUUAAUACUGUAGGUUUGUACUUUUGGUUACUUUGAAAGUGUAAUAUUGAAGUGAGACAAAAGCGAGGUUUCCGCGGAGCAGUUCAUCCAGGUUGGAUGUAUAAGAAUAAAUUAGCUUUGAGUACAUUAAUAUAUUGAACUGUACUGUCAUAUCAAACAGAGAAAACAACUUAAGGACUGAAAUAUGAUUUCAGUUGCCUCUGCGGUGUGUUUUUGAAGUCAUUUUCACAAGAUGAAAGAGCAGCCACUGUGGAAGUGCCUAUAGUAUUUAAUAUUAGAACUUGCACACUGUCCUUGUGCAUGGUAUCUCUCCCUUCCUCGCUUCCCUCGAUCCACACAGUUUAACGGUGUAUAGCCGUGCUUGCUUCCACAUGACGCCUCACUCUGCUGCACAUAGCCUUUAUAAAAACAAGCUGUGUAAGUGACACUGUAUACCUAUGAAUUACUAAUGACUUGAGUUGUAUUAAGAUCACUGUUCUCUAAAAUGUUGCUGUACGUUUCUACAGCGAAACCACAAUAAAAAUGUUGGCAUUUAUUUCUGACUUAUAUAGCAAACUACUUUUCAGACUGGAUUGUGCAACACUCAUCGCCAAAUAUUUCUGAGAGAAAAUAUCCUUUCAUUCAUCUUUACAUUUUCCUUAGUUCAGCGAUGUCAUACUCAAUCAUGAAAGUGUCUGAAAUGUUCAUGAUCUCUGUUUUUAAAAGCUGCCUGGUGAACGGUAUUGCUGGUGGCUUUUGUGGAACUUCAAUUUGGUGUUUCACUCUAAAGCAAUUUUUGAAGCUCUUGCAGGCCCCUUCCUGGGACGGCUAUCUUAUCCCUUGUCCAUGUGCAAUAUUGACAAAGAAUUAUUGAUGAAAUAUAGCCAUUCAAGAAGGGCAGAAAGACAAGACAGCUGCCUUCACAGCAGCUGUUGAAUCUUUCCUCUGCACCCCACCUUGGUGCCUCCAUGUUCCUCAAGAAUCACCCAACAAUCCUAAUCUUCAUUCCCAAUAUGGACUGCAGAGGAAUCUUCCAAUAUGUUGCAGGUUGUAGGCGCUUCCCAAGCACCUCUACGACUACUUCCAAAUAAAAUCAAAUGACUUUCAGGAUCAAACAGAUUACUGACUGGAGAGAUGUGUUUCAUGUAGUCAGUGAUAAAAGAUAUGACGAUUGAUGUUCAGCAGAGGUCUAGUUAAGAUCAAACACCAUCACAUUUGCUCCUCCUUCUGCUGAACCAGCACAUUGGUAUAACCCGACGUGGUCUUUCCUGCUGCAGCCUGAUUGUUAUUCUCCUCAGGAGAGUCUCAGUGGACAACAGCAUCAGCAGAAGAAGUCAAUGUUAUGUCAUGUUAUGAAACUCCAUCACCGUGAUGACAUCAGCUGAUUCGGAAUACAGCUUGUGUGUGUCUGGUUUCAGCUUUU